UUCCGUUGUCAGCUGAGCUCAGUGGAAGGCAGCUGGGCGGGUGAGGUUGAUGAACGGCUAAUUUAUUCACUGCGCUCAUAUUAACCGGGAGAAAAAUCGAUCCCUCCUUCUAAUGUAGCCUAGGAGAGCUAUAGUAUUUACUAUAUAUAUUACUGCUGCUGAUUCCUCGGCGCUCAGACGUCUCAACGCUGAAUUCCGUCGUUGCUCCACUCAGCCGUGCGGAGGCGCGCGCAGACGGACAUCAUCAUCAUCAUCAUCAUCAUCAUCAUGGCCAAACGCAGGAUCGCCCAGGAGACCUUCGACUCCGUGGUGAAGGAGAACAUGGAUGAGUUCGACAUGGAGCCGGAGGAGGCGCUCAGGGAGGCGGUGCAGCAGUUCGAAUCGCAGGGCGUGGACCUCGGCAACAUCGUGAAAGCGAUUCCGAGCGCGGAGUCGGACGAGGCGAAGCAGGACCAAACGCACGAUGUCCUCAAGGCUCUCGAGUCCCUUCAGCUCGGUGCCGCCGCAUCCUGUGCUGAAGGCCUGUGUGCCGAUCUCAAGCACCUUUCCGAGCAGUGCAAGCUGGGGUUCGCGCAGCGCCACCUGGCGGCCCAGAAGGGCGCCUAUCCCGCAAUCCUCGGCCGCUGCGAGCGGGCGCGGGGGGAGCCCGGGCCCCUUUUGGCCGCUCUCUCCGCCCUGUCGGCUCUGACCGACGGACAGCCGGACCUACUGGAUGCGGAGGGGCGGGACUUCCUCUCCGGCGUGCUCCGAGAGGGCGGCGCCGACCCCGCUGUGACCUGCAUGGCUGUGCGCGCCGUGCGCCAUUGCUGCGUGAAGCACGAGCAGAACCGGCAGGACCUGGUGAAGGCGGGCGUACUGGCUCUGCUGACAGGUGCCAUCGCCCGACACGCCCGUCACGCAGAACUGGUGAAGGAAUGCUGCGCCGCCCUGCGGGUCAUGACCUUCGACGACGAUGUCAGGGUCCCGUUUGGCCACGCCCACGAGCAUGCAAAAAUGAUUGUUCUCGAACACAACGGCCUGAAAGUCAUCAUCGAGGCAGCCAAAGCACACCCCGAGAACGCGAGUGUGCUCAGCGAACUGUGCGGAACCCUCUCCCGCCUGGCCGUGAGAAAUGAGUUUUGCCAGGACAUUGUUGAUCUGGGGGGUCUGAAAUUCAUGCUUGCCCUGCUGGCAGACAGUCUGGAUCACCAGCCUCCUUCAAAAAUUUUCCCGCAGGACCUGGUGAGGCAGGUGCUCAGUGCUCUGCGGGCUAUAGCGGGAAACGACGAUGUCAAAGAUGCCGUUAUAAACGCGGGAGGAGCGCAGCUUAUCGUCCUGGCCAUGAACAGACACGUGGGCAACCCGCAGGUGUGCGAACAGGGCUCUGCCGCCAUGUGUGUCCUCGCUCUGCGCAAACCUAACAAUUCCAAGGUGAUCAUGGAGUGUGGCGGAGCACUGGUGGCCCUUCAAGCCAUGAAGGCUCAUCCGGGAGAGGUUAGCGUGCAGAAGCAGUGCUGCAUGUUGCUGCGGAACCUGGUGUGCCGAACGCAGAGUUUCAGCCAGCCCAUCCUGGAGAUGGGGGCGGAGGCUCUCAUAACUCGGGCGCUGGCGACGCACCGCGACUGCGACGAUGUGGCUCGGGCAGCGCUGCGCGACUUGGGCUGCAAGGUGGAGCUGCGGGAGCUCUGGACGGGCAAGAAGGGCAGCCUGACCAACUGAAGGCUCCGAGCCCAAGAGACCCCGGCCCGAAGAACGCCAGUGUGCUCGCUGGGUGACCUGACCGAGCGAGGCCUGUGAGACCGCGCCCCGACGCAUCAUCGGUGUCUCGGUGUGCUCACUGGUUGCGCUGACCAGCUGAGACUGGGACUCUGCCUCUACAGGCUUGGAUGUCACAUCGGGGGGGGGGUCAGUCCACUGAAGUGCUGUUUCUUUUCUCUUGUACAGCUGGAUGUUGGCAUGCCUUUGUAAACACUUUUCAAGUGUAAUGACUUGUAGGCCAUCCUAAUUACCCCUUUGCAUGUAAAGUGGUGUGUCGUCUUCAACGAAUAUACACUGGCUCCUCAAGCACACCAAGACCACCGUGCUCUGUGAAGUGUGUCUGUGCAUUAGGGAGCUGAGCGUCUCCCGCAGCAGAGCUUUACGCAGACACGGUACUCGACGUAUUUGCCGGUAAGGUGUAGAAGUGUCAAAUGUAGCUACAGUAAAGAAUAAAUUCUGUAAAACUUUUGAAAUUAACUCCAGACGGCAAACUUGAUAAUUAGAACCAAAAUAACUAAAGAUAAAUGUUGUCGUCUUGAUCUCGUAUCCGCUGUCGCGUAAAGAGCUCGUCUUUUUAUGAAUCGCCGCCGCUCCGCAAGAGCACGCGGGAGCUGUAGACGCUGUGGAUGUCAGUUGCCUUAAGGUGGUUCCUCACUCUCACUCCUGGAAACACAGGCUGCCUUUGCUCCACUACAAGCACAUAUUUUAGACAAUAUGUGAGGAAGGUACUAAUGCAAGUGGGAAACGCUUUUUUUUACCUUCUGUAACCGCACUGUUUAAGGCAGGAGGAGCCAGUGUACUUUGUACUGUGGUAAAAGUGCCCUGUGCCUGCAGCACCUCUUUGUGUCCUUUGUCUAGAUGAUGAACUCUUCAUGUGUACUUUGUGGAACUCUAUUGGAAGAUUGCUCUGUGGCCUCUGACCCUGCUUGAGGUAUCGGUGAAACGGUGCCCCUUUGCUCUCUUUUUGAGACGACGCUCAGUCCUGUUUUUUCAUAAAUUCAACUAAAGUCUUGAACGUCUCUGCUGUGUUUUUCUGAAACUUUGCUUGUCACAACCGCCAUGUUGCAGCAUGGCCUACGCUCGAUAGCUCGCCGCAGACCGGGGCCUGCGCCA